AUGUUGAGCCGUGUUUUUUCGUUUUUCUGGCGGCCAUGGUCAACGGGUCUACUCUCCAAUCUAUCUGUUUUCUUUCGCUCCCUUAGUCGGCUGUUUGGAAUAUCCGAAGGGAGAUCCGAGAAAUACAAUGGAGACAUAGAGCAGUGCAAGACUCCGACGGCCGUUCAUCCUACUGCUCUCAAUUACUCAAAGGACACAACAACCCUCAUUACCCCGGGCCUAUGGAUGCGAGAACUAAAUCCUGAUCUACCGGACGAAUAUUUCAAACCCCCAGCCAACACAAGAGCAGAUAACAUCUAUGUGUCCAAGGGAGUUCUUUUAGAUAUCGGCGGGACCGCGUAUCUUGAACGGCCCCCCUCUGGAGAAGUGAUUAAAACACCUUUACCAGACGUAGAUCCUCGAUGCUUCCGAGAAAAUUGCCGCAACAUGCGCAUUGAAGCUCGAGUUUAUAAAAUACUUGGUAAUCACCCACGGGUGCCGACACUGCUAAGUUGGGACCCGGAGACGUGUUGCAUCAGGAUGGAAUACGUGGCCCAUGGCAGUUUAAAGGAUUACAUGGACAAGAAUGAGGAGAAGUUAUCUCCCGAGCUCCGUCUUCGAUGGGCAAAACAAGCCGCAGAAGGACUCACUCUUCUUCAUUCUCAUGACAUACUUCAUUGCGACAUUUCGCCUCGGAAUUUCCUACUGGAUGAGAACUUAAAUCUCAAAAUAUCUGAUUUCGGUGGUGUUUCAAUUUCUGGUGCUGAGCCUACUGCUACUGCAGGAACAAGGUUCAGAUGGCCUGUCAUGGACUGGGAUAUUCCUCCCACGGUUGAAGACGAUAUUUUCAGCCUUGGAUCGUUGAUCUACUUUAUUAUGAGUGGGGUGUAUCCUUACAAGGACGCAGCCAGCGAUGAAGUAGAAAGGUUAUAUGUGAAUUGGGAGUUCCCUGAUGUCAGUGACAUUGUAUGUGGUGACAUUAUAUGUCGAUGCUGGUACCGAAAGACAACCGCUGGAGAAGUAUUCAACGCUCUAGAACACAUUUCACACCAACAUAUUGCUAAAGUCAUAUCUGGAUUGUGA